GGCUGCGGUAGCAGGACUAUGUCCACCAUGGUGUACCCAAGGGAGGAGAAACUGGACAAGCUGAGCCAAGAGGAGAUCAUUUCCAACACCAAGCUGGUGAUGCAGGGGCUGGAGGCACUGAAGAAUGAACACAACUCCAUCCUGCACAGCUUGCUGGAGACCAUCAAGUGCCUGAAGAAGGAUGAAGAAGCCAAUCUCGUGCAUGAGAAAUCCAACCUGCUCCGCAAGUCAGUGGAGAUGAUCGAACUGGGGCUCGGAGAAGCUCAGGUGAUGAUGGCAUUGUCCAACCAUCUGAACGCUGUGGAGUCGGAGAAGCAGAAGCUGCGCGCUCAGGUGCGGAGACUGUGCCAGGAGAACCAGUGGCUGCGUGAUGAACUCGCCAACACCCAGCAGAAGCUGCAGCGCAGUGAGCAGACCGUGGCUCAGCUGGAGGAAGAGAAGAAACACCUUGAAUUCAUGAACCAGCUGAAGAAGUAUGAUGAGGAUGUCUCUCCUUCGGAGGAGAAGGAGGGCGACUCCACCAAGGACUCUCUGGAUGAUCUGUUCCCCAAUGAGGAGGAGGAGCACGGUCCUGGAUUGCCCCACCAGCACAGCAGUGCUGUGGCUGCUGCCCAGCAGGGAGGCUAUGAGAUCCCCGCACGCUUGCGUACCCUCCACAACCUUGUCAUCCAGUACGCCUCACAGGGACGCUACGAGGUAGCCGUGCCACUCUGCAAGCAGGCACUGGAGGACCUGGAGAAGACAUCAGGUCACGAUCACCCUGAUGUGGCCACCAUGCUUAACAUCCUGGCGCUGGUGUACAGGGAUCAGAAUAAAUACAAAGAGGCAGCACACCUCCUGAAUGAUGCUCUCUCCAUCCGUGAGAAGACCCUGGGCAAAGACCAUCCAGCGGUGGCAGCAACCUUGAACAAUCUGGCUGUUCUCUAUGGCAAGAGAGGGAAGUACAAAGAAGCAGAGCCACUGUGUAAGCGAGCCCUGGAGAUCCGUGAGAAGGUCCUAGGCAAAGACCAUCCUGAUGUGGCCAAGCAGCUGAACAACCUAGCCCUGCUGUGCCAGAACCAGGGCAAGUAUGAGGAGGUGGAGUACUAUUACUGCCGAGCGCUGGAGAUCUAUGAGAGCCGCCUGGGUCCUGAUGACCCCAAUGUGGCCAAGACCAAGAACAACCUGGCCUCCUGUUACCUGAAGCAAGGCAAAUAUAAGGACGCGGAGGUGCUGUAUAAGGAGAUCCUCACCCGUGCUCAUGUGAAGGAGUUUGGCUCUGUGGAUGAUGAGCACAAGCCAAUCUGGAUGCACGCGGAAGAGAGAGAGGAGAUGAGCAAGCGAUCCCUGUAGAGCAUGCAGAUGGUGGAAGAUGACAGAUGGCAGUGCCACAGGGCCUUGGCACUCUGUCUCAAAGAGCUGCUAGUACUCGGAGCACAGCCUGCUCCUGAAGCAACUCUAAGGCUGCCUGGGAAAAAGAUGGGCUAAGAAGACACUGCUGCCAUCACCUUGCUUGGGAAACAGAGCCAAACCUCCUGAAACCCAGCUCCGGUCACAGCAGGCCUUAGCUGCACCGUGUCCUAGCUGGUCUCUGAACAAGGGCAGACAUGCAUUGCACUUGCCUUGACCUUGGCCAAGAGACAGAGCAGCUAUUGCUCCUGUUGCCCCAGCACUGCUCUGUGCCACAGCUGAUAAAUGCAGCUGUGUCCUGCCUCUGCUUUUCUCAAGACCUUAGCGGGUUUUUUGCCAGGAAAGUGAAGAAGCAGGAUGAAGGUCUCCAGGCUAUCUCUAGCUGCAAUGGGAGCAGACACUGGCUCUCUCCUUUCCCUUUGCCCUCUGAGCAGGCCCCAUCCCUGCGUGGGCUUCAGCCAGCAGGCUCACAGGCGUGGCUUAGACUUUUAUCACUCCCAUCCUGUGAGCUCUAAGAGCAGGGUCCUGGCAGGUGCCUCCUGCCAGUGUCCUGCAUCCUCCCACCGAACUGCUCUGUGGGAUCCCAAGCACAGGGCUUUUGCAGGCUCAGCUCUGCACUGCCCUGCUCUGGCUGCUGCCCUGCAAAGACUCUACUGCAAAGAAAUUGCACUGCUUCCUGCUAUGGCACCAUCCUACACAGGGGAAAUCAAAGACUGAGUAGGGACCAGGCUCCCCUUGCCCUCUCUGGGGUUGAGAUGCUUCUUAUGGUAUCUUUGGAGAAGUGGGAGGUCGAAUGUAGGCAUUUGCAAUGUGGAGCUGUGCUCCAGCUAGCUGGCUUUGCUGCAGGGAUGAGAGAAUGGGCUGCCUUUGGGGGAGACUUGGGAUAGAAGGGGAGAGGACCUAGGAAUGAUCCAUUGGGCCUGGUUGGGGCGUUAGUUUUAGGAGGAGACAGUGUUUCUUGCCAAGGGUGAGAUUCAUUUUGUAGCCUGGGGAAAGGCUGAGACUCUUCUCGUAUCCCUGGGCCUGCUGCCUCUGGGACUGCUGCCUCCCAGGCAGCGGUGCCCAGAUGCCAGAGUUUGCCUAGUCCUCCCAGCCGGGCAGCAGUGACUGUAGACCUGCUUGUGCCUGGUGCUUCUGCUCUCUGCCUUGUGCUGCAUUUCCACAUCUCCUAUUAAAAAAUAUCAAAUCCCUCUUUGGAGAGCUUCACUUCUUUUUCCCUCACCCCUCCCUUUCCCCUCUGUUCUCAGUGGCAGCAGGGGGAGGCUGGUUUUCCUGCCUGUGCCAGGGCCUUGGGCACAGCUGACAGCCCCAGGCAUUUAACGCCUUUCCCCCUGGGUUCAGUGGCCAGUUCGUGGAUACCUAUAUGUAAAGUGUUGUGGUGUUUUGAAUCUUGGGCUCUCUUGUCCCUUAGAGCUGCCCAAGCCAUGCAGACUUUGGGGCAAGGAAACCCAAAUGUACUGUAUGGCUCGGGGAAUCUCCAGCACGUGGGCUGGAGCUCCUAGGAGCGCUGUGGGGCUGAGCAGGAAAAAAGGCCCCUAGGAGGACUGUUCCUUCAGGGGCUAGAGCCCUUGCUCGAAGGAAGGGAAACCCCUGCUGCAGAGCCUUGGUCCUUGGUGAGAGCAGCUCUGCUGUGCUUGGAGCUGAGCUGGGCACUGCCUGCCCAGACUGUGUGUCCUGUGGGUGCAGACUCGGGGGCAUGGGCGCACAGUGUGUGGGCAGGCAACCCCACUCCUACAGCAGCAGUGACUCCUGCCUGCAGGCACCAUGGCUCACACUGACCCAGGCAGUGCUGGCCAGGAGCCAGCGUCCUGCACGUCGGCUCAUCCCAGCCCUAGCUUUCUUCUUGGGCAUCAACGUCUGGCCAGCAGCCUCUUUGCUCCUGGCCGGGGGUGGCGGGGGGAAGCAGCUGGCCAGCUUUGGAGUGCAAAGGCUGAGGGUGGUGAGAGGACAGCUUAGUGGGACAGAGUUGCUGUGGGCACACCUGACCCCGCAGGCAGA